GGAAUUUACAUCCUCAGCGAGUGGGGGUCCAAUUCCAGUCUCUGUGGGACAGACUUCUGAAAGUGGGCGUCAGGCCACAACCAGGACCAGCCUUGACCUUAUUGGGUGGCAGAGGGCAGCCUGGAGGGUCCACAUGGCCCAACCGCGUCCCCAUUUCUUAUCAUCCUGAGCUGGGACCAUGGCACCGUACCGUAAAGCUGAAUGAAGCAACUCAAUUAUAAUGGACCAUUCCUUAGAAACCUCAAAGCGCAAAGAGAAACUAUUGCAGACAAUGCACAAGCUCCAGGUUAAGUCGGGGAGUACUUUGCAACAGACAAGCCCAUUGCUAAACUGUCACACGGGCAUGGGCAUGGUGACCAUACAACAUGUGAAUCACCUGUCACACACAGCAUCGCAGGUUUGUCAGGAUCUCGAGAAUAUUGAAAAUCUGGUUCGCUUUCGUCAGAAUGAGCUCAUGUACAAAAUUGCAAACCCAGAGGGGAGUCAUUCAGAUGGUCUGAGCGGCAUCCACUGUUGUCUCGAUGGCACCACUUACAUUGUCAGUGUCAGCUCUCCAUGGGUCCACGUACUGAAUCGUUCUGGUCAGGUAGUCCAGUCAUUGCAUUGUGUUCAACAGCAGGGAAGAUAUAAGGAGCCCUUUCUUCCAGAAGAUGUAACUCUGACUAGAACUGGAAUGGUAGCUGUUACUGAUAUGGUGGGUGGAGCUGUUCAGAUCUUCAAUCCUCACUCCAGGUUCUCAGAAGGUGAAUGGAUUGGAAUUGGAAAAAUAAAUUGCCCCAAAGGAAUUGGAGUCGACCGUUCUGGGAAACUCCUGGUAACCGAUUAUACUGGAGGCAACGUGCAUAUUUUUGCUGUAGAUCAUACCUUCAGGCAGAAGCACAUUCAGACUAUCACAGGACUAAGAGGACCCAGAUACAUAGCUUCAAUGUAUGAUGGUGGAAUCGUUGUGAGUGAAGAAUGUGGUGACGUGAAGGUGUAUGGAAGCAACCUGAAACUAAUGUACUCACUCAGCACCAAAUAUUGCCACCAAUUUGGAAAUCCUGCUGGGCUCUGUGCUGACAAGGAGGGGAACAUCAUGGUAGUGGAUGAACAGAAGAGAAAUGUGAUACUGUUUCCAAAGUUUGGAUCUCCUGUUUCCAUUGUAUCAAUGGGCCUCAAGAAGCCUACUGGUUUGGCUUGCUCCAGUUAUGGUCUCGUGUUUGUAAUGGAUACCGGAGACAACUGUAUCAAAGUCUUCAAGUACAGAGUAAAUACAAGGCAUGGUUCAAUGAAGAUUGGGCAAUCUAACCAUAGGCUACACACAUAACACCAAGAGGAAAAGUAUGAUGCUAGCAAGAUUUGUAAACCUGAAGAUUAAUUUGUAAUAAAAUGUUUCAGAGCCGGUUCCAAGAACUGAUCAUACCAGGGUAACAAGGAAAUAUUUCAGGAAAAUACAAAUCUAAGAGGUAGUUUACAACGAUGCAGGCAAAUCAAUCAGAGGAAGUUUAGGAAGCAACAAAUCCAUUGUUGCUAAAUUAUUUUUCUGCACAAGUCACGAUGCUUGAGAUUCUGCAAGUAAUCCUUCAUGAAGGAAGAAGCAAUUUUGAGGGGCCAAAUAGUCGACUCCCAUUUGUAUUUCAGCCGAUCUUAUGACGUGUUCAUCGAAAUAUUACAUGUUCCAAUUCUCAAGCCUCACUCGAAUUAAUCAAAGAUAUUUGUUCACUUCUUGGGGGUCAGUGUAUGUUAAUGUAGAAUCACAUUUCAAUAUGGUCUUCUGAAAGACAAACUGUAGUGCUGCAGAUAGGACACAGAGGGGGCUCUCACUUUCUUUGGUCACAAACAUCUUUAGGAGACAUUUAGACUACUCGUUGCUCUGGAAGGUGACAUUGAGAUACUCCCUGUUGAGGAAAUCCUGCAAACACAA